AGGGGCAACUGACUGUCAAGCGCACGCCUAUUAAACCCUAGAAGAAAAAUGGAGUCCCAUGUAUUACUCGGUUCGCUCUCUCAAUCUUAACUUGUCGGCCGCUGCUCCGUGCUUCUCCUUUUGUGCUUUUCCACCAUGGUUUCCGGCAAGAAGACGAAGAAGACUCACGAGAGCAUAAACAACAGGCUGGCUCUGGUGAUGAAGAGUGGCAAAUACACUCUUGGUUACAAGACCGUCCUCAAAACCCUUAGAAAUUCCAAGGGAAAGUUGAUAUUGAUAUCAAACAACUGCCCACCAUUGAGAAAGUCUGAGAUUGAGUACUAUGCUAUGCUUGCUAAAGUCGGAGUCCAUCAUUAUAAUGGAAACAAUGUUGAUCUGGGAACAGCCUGUGGAAAGUAUUUCCGCGUGUCAUGCCUCAGCAUUGUUGACCCAGGUGAUUCAGAUAUCAUAAAGUCAUUGCCAGGAGAUCAAUGAGACUGCAAAGUAAUGCUUACCAUCCUAGAACCAAGAGAGCCAUCUUUUAUGGUUUACAAUAUCUUCUGUUAUUGAAAUUGUUAGAUGCUUUUGUAUUAGAAAAUUAACGUCCUGAAAAGGUGAACAUAGACGAAUCUUUAAACUAUGCAGUAUUAUUAUGGUGUUGUCACUAAAUCUUGAGGCAUUGAGUAGUACUAAUUAAUUACGUUGAAGCUCGUUGAUGAUUAAUAACAAUAUCAUUUUAUGCUCCA